AAAUGUAUUUUACAAUGAGAAAAAAGAAAAUUGCUGAAGAAAGACUCAAAGCAUCGUGCCCCCAUCGCCUGUGGCAUGUGCCUAACGAUUCACGCUCAUUAUACGCGCUACUACUCAGAUUUACCCUCUAAUUUGAGUAAAUCUUCAUCCAUCAGAUCCGCACUAUCAACAACAAUGGCGAUCGAUCCUUCAUUAGUUACGGAGAUUGGACCUGACGGCCUCGUUCGCGAAUCUCCUGUAAUCGCCCACACAGAGCGGAUGAUUGAAGAAGAGCAACUUCAGUUGAGAAAAUAUAUUGACGAGAACUAUUCGAAAAUUCGUGAUGUUGAGCGAGAGCUUUCAAAUCUCAAUAUGGAGAUGAAACUCACAGCAGGGCCAAAAAAAGCUGCACUUGAACACAUGAGGAAGAAAAUUGAAUUGUCAACGGAAAGGAUUCGUUUUGCUAAGUUGAAAGAAGAAGAAGCAAAGAAGGCUUGGGAAGCUGCGUCAAAGGCUGUGAAGGAUGAAGAAGCAGCCAAGCAGAAAUUAUGUGACGAUUUGAAUAAUCUGGUCCAAGAAAGCAGUAACUCUCAGUUUGCUAGACUAGAGGAACUAAAAAGGCGGCUAGAGGCUUUGAAUCCGAGAAGAUCAGCUGCACUUAUGGGAACUGCCGAGAGUCCAGUGCAACCCGCAUUGACCGCCACAAGUUCAGAUGCAUCAGUUCCGGAUGUUGUAAAACCACCUACUGAAUCAUCGAAGAGUAAUGUGGAGAGCAAGACGGGUGGAGAUGUAGAAGGAAGGGGGAAGAAGAAAAACGCGAUGCAAGGUAGAGGUAGAGGAAUCGGAGCAGUACCCAAGAAUAGAGGAUCUAGUUGGACUGGUGCUGGGUUUGACUAACAUGGUUGACCCACACGAUAAACUUUCAAAAUCACUUCCAUGUGUGUGUUUCUGCCAGGUGUAUAGUCCCAAUCAGUUCUUAUUAAGGUCUCAUGUGUAGUUUACUUUAGUAGGUACAUUUUUCUGCUUUUGUUGAUGUUAGAUUUGUAAAAGAUCAUUGCUACUUUUCACUAGAAAAAAACAUAGAAUCAUUCAAUGCGCACAAAAGUGACAAGGUCUAAAAUUGAGGCGCGAAGCGUCAAGCUCAAAAGCGCAUCGCUUUUCAUA